AUGAAGAUAGCGGUCAUCGGCUGCUCUCACGGAGAGCUGGACAUCAUCUACUCGGACAUCGCGGCCAUCGAGCAGAGGGACGGCAUUGUGAUCGAUCUGGUGAUCAUAUGCGGCGACUUCCAGGCCGUCCGCAACGCCAAUGACUUGCAAUGUAUGGCAGUUCCCGUGAAAUACAGACGCCUUCAGACGUUUCACAAGUAUUAUCGCUCGGAAGUGAUGGCACCGAAGCUGACACUCUUCGUGGGCGGCAAUCACGAGGCGUCCAAUUAUAUGCAGACACUGGGCUUCGGCGGUUGGGUCGCUCACAACAUCUUCUAUAUGGGCUACGCCUCUGUGGUCACCUUCAGGGGUGUCCGCAUUGCAGGCAUUUCUGGCAUUCAUAAGAGGUUUGACUCGGAUUGUGGUCACUUCGAGAGACUUCCUUUCGAUGAGAACACCAAACGAAGUGUCUUUCAUAUGAGACAAUCGGAUGUCUAUAAACUGAUGCAAUUGAACGAUGAGAGUUCCGCUCAGACACAAGCCCUGGAUGUGAUGAUAUCGCACGACUGGCCCCUUAAUAUCCACAGCUGUGGUGACGUUCAGUAUCUUCUGCGCCGAAAGAAGUAUUUCUUACAAGAAGUACAGGAGAAUCGUUUGGGGAAUCCAUUACUCGAACCACUCGUAAGACAUCUGAAGCCAAGACAUUGGUUUUCAGCCCAUCUUCACGUCAAGUUUGAAGCGCUGGUCAAUCACACCGAAGACCUCUCAAUACAAACUCGAUUCUUAGCGCUCGACAAAGUGCUGCCAAACAGACAAUACCUGGAUAUCAUAGACAUUGAACCGACACUGCCUUCGAGUAGUGAUUGUCUUGAAUACGACGCCGAGUGGUUGGCUGUCCUCCAGUCGACCGACAAGUUGUUGAGUAUUGAGAAGAAGUGUUCAGUUCCUCAUGUGAUGUCUAAACUCCAUUCUGUCACUGAAAGUGAUAUCAAUCGAGUCAAAGAACUCUUUAAUAAUGACUUUAAAAUUCCGACAAACUUUGAAAUGUCGGAACCGGUUCUCAAAGACAGUGAUUGUGAUCCACAAAGACUAAAGAACUACACUAAUCCUCAAACCGUCGAGUUUUGCAAGCGUUUGGGUAUAACUGAUCCCAUGAGUGCCAUAAUCGAGUCAUUGAAGCCAUUGCCAAAUCCGGACCAAAUCUCCAUCAGUGAUGAUGAGGAAGACGAAGACGAAGCUCUUUAUGGCAAAAGCGAUGAAAACCCGAACAAACGACACAAACCUGAUGACAACAUCGAUGGCGGAGAUCUGUUCUUUGUGGACAAGGGAGGAGUCGAUGAACCAAAAGGUGAUUCUCGAGAUGCAACAAAAGCACAAAAUUCUAAACCAAAUGAAGACAUUAUACAAACAAAUGCGUCCACAAGUGGGAUGGCAUCUGAAAAUGCGGAGACACUAACCAAACGACAGAUCAAGAGAAGAGCAGAUAAAUUGAAACGACAGACAGAAUUGAGACAAUUGGAGAAAAUGGAUGCGAAUCAGAGGAAAGACACGAAAACCGAAAUGAGUAAACAGAUGAAGAAAAUUGUGGCUAAAAAGAGACACCAAUCCAGAAGAGAGAUGAUUAUCGACAGACUCGAGUGGAUUAAAGCGAAUCUACCGAUGAAAAGCCCCAACUCUGAGAUUGAUGUCAUCUCUUUAGACCAGUUGUCUAUAAAUACUGAAUCAACGCAUUAA